AUGUUAAGCUAUGGCUUCAACAUUGUUAUCAAGGCAUUUUGUUUCAGACUAGCUGCUCAUUUAACCAGUCAGUGUUCCAAAAAUCGGCCUGGACGGCACCUAGGCGCUGGGCGCCCGCCUAGGCGGCCUGGGCGUGUCUGGGUGGGUCUGACUCGGAAAAAUGAGAUGAUGAUGAUGCUAUGA